AUGACCUCUAAUUCCAAGACAUCCACCGUCAACGUCGUGCUCGGAUCGGAACCGCCGCAAUGGCUCACCAAAACACUCGAGAGGAUCAAUUGCAGCAAGCAUCCUCGCGACAGCGCCCUACAGCACCAGAGAUGCCUCACGGAGACCUUGGCGAACACAAACGCUAUUUGGAGCUUGACCUCUCUGAUGCUGGCAAAAGCCCCAGCGACCAAGCUUGUGAAGGACUCAAAUCCUCUCAUCGAGGCCUUUCUCAAUGACAGGCUUAUUCAUGUCGAGGCACACAUCAUCAACGUGGAUAUAGAACUGAGCAACACAGUUGCAUUUAAGCUCACAUCAGAUAGUAUCGAAUCACUUGUUGAGUAUCACAAGAAUGUCCACUGCGCUAAUACUCAUGCCGAAACUCCGGAAUGGCCCGAUAAAGAUCGGCAGUGCAAGGAAUUACACCAAGAUUUCGUCAAAGCCAUCAAUAGCUUCGUGUACUGCACGCAUGCUUCUGUACUUGAGGGGCUCGAGCAAGAUGGUGCUGGCGAGCUCCUCAACGGCAGGAGCGAGGAGGUGAAGGCUCAUCUGAUGGGGCUCAUGAAAUCGUUGACGCCCCCACAGAGCGACCCGCUUACACCAGCGCGGUAG